AUGUCUGAUGAGUCAAAUGAUUCGAAUGACCAUUCAGGGAGUACAUCCGAGUACUUUCCAGAUUACACUAAAGAUAAAUAUAAAAGCCGGGACUCUUUUUUACUCGAGAAUAUAACUGGAGAUAAUGAUUAUCCUAUCGAGGAAUCUGCAAAUAGACCUUAUUCAGGUGUAGGAGCUGAAUCAGCAUUUACUACUUACCUGCAAGAUAAGCGAUACUCUGAUAUUUUGAGCUCUUAUUCAGAGGGCGAUAUGGAAGCCAGCAUGGGGAAACUCGGUGAUCUGAGGAGCAAACCAUCAAUAAUCCAUAAUUCAAAUAAUGAUUCUGGAUCAGGACCACGUUCUAUUUAUUUUUCAGCAUCUUCUGAUAAUAACAGUAAAUCUCAUAAUGUAAGUAGUGAUUCUAGUAUAGAUAUAACUACUAGAGCUAAGAAGACAUCAUGGGGGAGAAGUAGUACCGGUACGGUAUCAACAUCUAUGUUAUUGAAUUUUGAAAAGAGUGACAGUACAGCAGAUCGUAGUAGUAGUCAAAAUAAUUCUAGUGGUACUCCUGCUUCUCCGAAUUCAUAUAAGAGGACAUCAUCGUUUUACCCACCUGUUACUGAAGAAAACAGUACAUAUAAUUCUAAAAGAAUGGUGAAAUACAUAUAUGAUAAGAGUCGCAAUUCUGUUAACAGCAGAUCCAAUGCUUCAGUAAACACAGGUACCUUAUUUGUAGGUAAUAGGGAUAAUCACAAUCCUGAUAUAGAGGAUGCGGUAAAACAGUUACAAUCUGAGAUGGGUGUUGAGAAUCCUACUCCUAAUCCAUUUGUAAAUAAUCCAUUUUCGCCAACUGAAUAUAAAAUCAAAAAGAGAGUUUCUAUAACCGGAACUGAUUCAGCGAAUUCAUCUAUAAGAUCACAGAGAUUACGACAUGGGAAGUCACUAAUAGGUGAUCGUUUAAUAUCAGAUGGAUGUAUCGAAUCUGUAAAUGUACAACCUAGUGCAACGAUACCUGCCUUAAGAUCAUUUAGUGUUUCCAAUGCCUAUAAUGCCACACCACCAAUAAAAUUUUCUAACUCUCAAACUGAAUUAUUAUCAGACUCUAAUGACAUAAAUACAAAACAACUACAAUCACGACUCCAAAGGACGAAAAAAGAGAAUACAACUCAAGAAACGAAUACCAAUGUUCUUCCGGUAAACGAGAGUUUCACUAAUAGACAAUCUAAGAUAAAUGUAAAUUCAACUACAAAUAAAGAUAUUCCUCAUAAACCAGAAACUGCAUUUGUGGGAUACAACGUAGAACAGUUCAGUGACAAUCAAAUUGAUACGUUAGUGAGCAAUAUGAAUAACUUCAGGAAUAUGCGGUUUGAUAGACAUGAUAAAUACAAAGGUGAAGAAUUUGGAAUACCUGAUCAGCGAAUCAGUAGUAGUUCCAUCUCUUCAUUUGAUUCUGAAAACGCCGGAUUUCGAGAUAUAUACAGCAUCGGUAGAUUAUUUCUUUUAUUGCUUAUCUGCAUUGUACUUCCUCCUUUAUUCUUUAUGAUAUAUGUUGGUAAAAGAGCCGGUGUCUCUGACUAUAGGUUAAUGAGAUUGAUUAUGAAUUCUAAACAUAGAAUAGGUUUAUUGAAGGGGUACGUCUGGGACAUCGACGUCGCAUGGAUAAGGACUACAAGUCUCGUGUUAGGAAUAAUUGAAAUUUGUAUUGUCUUCGCGAUGAUAGGUGUUGGGUUUGGGGUGGGAACUAGGAAUGAAUGA